AUGCGUCCUGGCAGCUGGUUUUUUAAGCCGUCAGCAAUCUGUUCCUCUUCCUCGUCCCCCGCGACAGCGUCCUCUGUAAAUUAUUUUCCCUCCUCUAUUUUCCAUGAGAUUUAUCACANCUCUUCUCCUCGCAGAAACGCGGUCAAUUUCACCAUUUCCUGCUCCCUGAAUCAUCGAGGAUUGCAUGGCCAAACAACUGGUGCCUCUCUUAAGCUUCCUGGACAUGUAUCCACAUAUAACUCUUCAAAGUAUGAUGCAGUCAUUGAAGCGAAAAAAGGGAAUCCACCUAUAAUGCCUGCUGUUGUGACUCCUGGAGGACCAUUAGAUUUGUCGUCUGUAUUGUUCCGUAACCGUAUAAUCUUCAUAGGCCAGCCUGUUAACUCACAAGUGGCACAGCGUGUUAUAUCUCAGCUUUUGACGCUUACUGCUGUCGAUGAGGAUGCUGAUAUUCUGAUGUACCUGAACUGCCCUGGUGGAAGCACUUAUUCAAUCUUUGCAAUUUAUGACUGCAUGUCAUGGAUAAAGCCCAAGGUGGGAACCGUAUGCUUUGGUGUAGCUGCUAGCCAAGGUGCACUUCUUCUUGCUGGUGGUGAAAAGGGGAUGCGAUAUGCAAUGCCAAAUGCUCGAAUUAUGAUACAUCAACCACAAAGUGGAUGUGGGGGUCAUGUGGAAGACGUGAGGCGACAAGUGAAUGAAGCUGUUCAAUCUCGGCAUAAAAUUGACAAAAUGUUUGCUGCUUUUACUGGUCAACCUUUAGAGAAAGUGCAACAAUAUACUGAAAGGGAUCGUUUUCUAUCCGCAUCCGAAGCCCUAGAGUUUGGACUUAUUGAUGGACUUCUGGAAACAGAAUACUAGGAAAAAAAAAUGCAGAUUAACCCUUAAAAGCUGCUGAAAUUGGAUCGAAGGACAUCUCUGAUCAAUUGGAAAUACACUGUCUACUAGUUGCUCGUCCAAGUACUCAUUUGCUUCAAAAUUUUUGAGCUCAGGACCAGACCCAUGCGUGAGGCAAUUAUAGUCGAUUAGUGAAUUGGGUUAUCGCAAGAUUAUAUUUUCAAUAGAAGUACGAUUGCCUAACUUUCUUUCUCGAAGACAAGUCCAAAUAGUGCGAAUUGCUUAUAGAUGUCUCCAGUGAUGGUUAUUGAAAAUAUUUUCCGCAUAUUGUCGGCAAUUGUGACUUUACAAAUUGCAAAUUUCUGCUUCAUUUCCACCCCUGCAGCCGCAUAUGUUGUUGUUGCUUUUUUAAUUUAUAUAAACAAAACAUUUGACAUGCGUGA